AUGUUUUCUCUCAACGAUCUGAAAGAUCAGAUGCCAACAACACCAUCGGCUCUGCUUUCAGCCUACGCCUCCUUCACAGCAUUCAUGAUGCUGGUGCGCUCCAUGGCCAACGAGCUCAUCCCGGCCCCUCUCCGCUCCUACAUCUACAAGGCCAUCAAUUACAUUUUUGCACCUUUCUUCUCCGUCGAGUUCACUCUGCUCAUCGACCAGUACUUCGGCAUGACGCGCAACCAAGUCUACGAUGCCGCCGAGGUCUAUCUCCGGACAAAGAUCGGUCCCUCCACUGUGCGCCUCCGCGUUGGCAAAACGCCCCGGAAGAAGACCAUCGGCGUCACCAUUGACGAAGACGAGGAAGUCACCGACACCUUCGACAAUGUCAAGCUCAGGUGGCGUUUCUUGGUGGAGACCAAAAAGCUCGGCAAGAGCGACAUGACUUCUACGAAUCGUUUCUUCGAGCUGACCUUCUGCAAGAAACACAAAGACAAGGUUUUGAAGGCUUACCUGCCCUUCGUGCUUGCUCAGGCCGAUGCCAUCAAAGCAGAGGAAAAGGUUGUCAAGCUCUACACUCGUCAUUACCGGUCGCGCAGUGAUGAGGACGACGACGGCUGCUCCGAGUGGGGCUCGGUGAACCUGGAGCACCCGUCCACGUUCGAGACAAUGGCGCUGGACACAGAGCUGAAGAGAACCAUUAUUGAGGAUUUGGAGAUGUUUGUGAGGAGGAGGGAGUUUUACAAGAAGGUGGGCAAGGCUUGGAAAAGAGGCUACUUGCUGUAUGGCCCACCUGGUACUGGAAAAUCCAGCCUAAUAGCAGCCAUGGCUAACUAUCUCAAGUUCAAUGUGUAUGAUUUGGAGCUUGCUAGUAUUUAUAGCGACGCUGUGUUGAAGAGGGUGUUGCUGUCCACCACAAAUCGUUCUAUUUUGGUAAUCGAGGAUAUUGAUUGCUGCAGAGUGGAUGUUCGAAACAGGGCAUCAGAUUCGGAUUCGGAUUCGGAUUCGGAUUCGGAUGACCAGGUGACACUAUCAGGCCUGCUCAACUUCAUAGAUGGAUUGUGGUCAAGCUGUGGCGAUGAGAGAAUUAUUGUGUUCACCACAAACCACAAGGAUCGGCUUGAUCCUGCAUUGCUGCGUCCUGGUCGAAUGGACGUCCACAUUCACCUGUCCUAUUGCACCACCAGUGGGUUCAGGAUCUUGGCCUCUAACUACCUUGGCAUUGGUGACAACAAUCGUCACCACCGUUGCGUCGAAAUUGAAGGGUUGAUAGAGAGCGCAGAGGUGACCCCUGCAGAGGUUGCCGAGGAGCUCAUGAAGAGUGAAGAUGCUGAUGUUGCUCUUCAAGGACUUGUCAAUUUGCUCAAGCGUAAGAAGGCCGAGAGCGAAAAAAAAAUUGCUUAUCAAGAACAAGAAGCCAGGAGGCAGAAAAGGGAUAACAAAGUUGCUGAGGUUCAUCUUCCCUGCAAUGCAUUCUGA